UGCUUUAAGCAUUGGAAUUCGGUAGAACACCAUGUUCCAUUUUCCGCGUAGCCAAUGCAAACGUUGGACUCGGAACCGAGGUGUAAAAGUCUAACCCUUUCCGCGCUGAUCCGGGAAGCAUCGAACGAACGCAAGCGCACGCCCUCUCUCUCGUGCAACUGUAGCUGCAGCUCUGCCUUCUCACGCACCCUCUCUCACGCACGCCUCAUAACUCACUUGGUUCAACUUUCCGGUGAAAAUUCCGGCAAGCAGCAGCCACGUCGGUGGCAACCGAUGGACAAGCGGUCGUUUUCCGGCGACCAGAGGUGACGCUCCCCGAUUCACCAUAUCAAUUUUCAGUUGUGAAAGAAGAUGAGAAUUGUCGGGUUGACAGGAGGCAUUUCUUCUGGGAAGAGCACAGUUUCUAACAUGUUCAAAGCCAAUGACAUUCCAGUUGUUGAUGCAGAUGUCAUUGCAAGGGAUGUUUUGAGACGAGGUACUGGUGGUUGGAAGAAGGUCGUAAAAGCAUUUGGGAACACUAUUCUGUUAGAAAAUGGGGAAGUUAAUAGGGCAUAUCUGGGGCAGAUUGUCUUUUCUGAUCCCACUAAGCGUCAGCUUCUUAACCGGUUGCUUGCUCCAUAUAUUGCGUUUGGUAUCCACUGGGAAAUAGUGAAACUUUGGUUGAAAGGUUAUAAAGUUAUUGUUCUUGACAUCCCACUGUUGUUUGAGACUAAGAUGAAUCGCAUGACAAAACCAGUUAUUGUUGUGUGGGUAGAUCCUAGUACACAGCUUCAAAGGUUGAUGGCAAGAGAUGGGAUAUCUGAGGAGCAGGCUCUGAAUAGGAUCAAUGCACAAAUGCCAUUGGACGAGAAGAGGGAGAAGGCAGAUAUUGUGAUUGAUAAUUCUGACUCCCUAGAGGAAACAAAAGAAAGAGUUUGUAAUGUGCUAAUUCAAAUCAGGAAGCCAUUAACAUGGAGAGAAUUUGUGCUCUCCAGGGAUGGCGUUGUCUGCUUUCUUUCUUCUUUAAUUCUUGGCGUUGCAGCUUAUAGGUACAGUAAGUAAUAGGAGAAUUUAAAAUUUUUCUUUUUAAAACAACUAUGUCUAUUCUUAUUCUGUCUUUCCGUUUUUUGCAAUGUAAAAAUGGCAUGUUGCCUGUUGAAAAGCAUUGGCUUGAAAUAUUGUUAGUAACCAAAUAAGAAUUUCCUUAUUAUUGCUUCA